ACUCAGCCAUUGCGUCGCUGAAGCCGACGAGAGAAGCAUUUGAUGGCUCUUUGAUUGCUCUCAUAUGUGUGUGUUUGUCGUACAAUGAUACCGUAGCUAGCUAGUCUACCGUAGUCAUCCCAUCAUCCCAACCAACAAACAACGAAGAAGAAAAGCACCCACAAAGCGCAAUCUGCUACUCUACAACCAUGAGCCCUUCUUCCGGGAUGAAUUCGUUUGAACAAUCGUUCCUGGUUUUGCUGGAAGACGACUCGUUCCACAAUGUGAUCUUGGUGGGCAAUGACGACAUUGGAGUGUCGGCCAAUCGCAUGGCGCUUGCAGUACGGUGCGGCCAUUUCCAGAGGAUGUUCAUGGGAAACUUUCAAGAGUCUAACAAAGAAGAAGUCUACAUUGAAAAGUUUGCUGGAAAUGUGAUCAAGUCCAUUGUCCAGUAUCUGCAUACCAACAAGGCGGAGAUAUUGGAAUGUGUUCCACAACAACAACAUGACAAUAAGACUGAUGCCACUGCAGAUGAGGCUCAUCAGUUGGAGUGGUUGCAGGCGCUGGUGUCUCUUGCCAACGCAGCCAUCUAUUUUGACAUUCCAAGCCUCCAGGAAGCCACGCAACGGACACUACGAAAUUCUGCAAAGAGUCACCCACUCCUGGCAUUUGCGGCAUUGGAAUCGUAUGAGGGUCAACAACAAUCCGAUUUGGAGACAUUGGCCCUUUCCACCAUUCGAUCCAAUCCAGAGGACGUUUCAGCAUCAGCCGUCCGUUUUCUUUCUGCAUCGGCAUUGGAACGGAUUCUGCAAGGUUUGACGCCUCCUCCAAGUCCCAUCCACCACCACCAAAUUUGGGAGUUGAUUCAUGGGUGGGCUGGUGGCACCGACACGACAACCACUGAAAACAACCACGCAAAAGCCAAGCAAUUCGUGUCGGACUAUGUGGACCUCCCCCAGAUCCGACCUGAUGUUCUGUCCGCCAAGGUGGAGCCGUCGGGUUUGGCCGAUCACCAGCAACUGUACCAAGCCUACCGCGCACAAGCAUUGGCAACCACCCGGUUGGCAUGGAAACACGGGGAUAGUGACGAAUUUUGUCCCACGCCCAGUCACAAAAUGGCCAUUUUGGAUCAUCAUCGACCCAUUACCUCUGGCACCUACCAGUGGACGCUGGCAUUUUCAGAUGCCAAUUACGUCAUGGUGGGCAUUGUCGAUGCCUAUGCAUCUCCCAAUCUGGCCGAAGACUUUUCCGUGCAAAAGGGCACGUGGGGUUGUUACUUGAAGCAGACAUAUGCCAAUGGGCAAACCGGCUACAACGAUCAACUGGCCCGCAUUACGGGCAAUGCCAAGGUGACUGUGACUCUCAAUUUGGAUACUACUGCUACUCAUGCUGCUGGCAAGAAUAAUAAUAACGAUGGUGAAGAUGGAAGCCUCUCCAUUUCUGUGAAUGAUGGACCCACCAUUUUGAUGCUGAAUGGCUUGAGAAGUGCCGUGGCGACGGGUGCUGGGUUUCUCCCUGCAGUGGUGUUGAUGAGCAGCUGGAGCAAAGUCAAAGUAUUGAACAUGAACAAGUUGAAGUAAUAAUACGGUAGGAAGCAAAUAAAGCACUGUAAUAGGAGAGUAAUGUGGAAGACUAGUUCCUAUUACAUGCUACUUACUUAUUAGCAAGCAUGGUUGCAGACC